CUCCUCUGAAUACCCAUUUGUUCUAUAAAAUCUAUCAAGAUAUUCCCUUUCAUUAACCUCACUCAUCGUUAAAGAGAGAAAGAGAGAGACAUGGGAGGUGAGUUAUGUUCAAGAAUGGGAACCGGGCUAUGCAGAAGAGUGGCAAGAUCGUGGACAGAGAUGGAGAAAGGUCUGAACGACGCUGUUUCAAAGAGCAUAGUGGGCAAGUACUUCAGGCUACAAGCUAGAAAAAGCUGCUUCACCAAGGAGCUACGUGCUGCUACUGCCACUUUCCUCACUAUGGCUUAUAUCAUAACUGUUAACGCCACCAUCCUUGCUGACUCCGGUGGCACAUGCUCCGUCGCCGACUGCUCAGCUCCGGUGAACCAAACAGCUACCCCUGACUGCAUGUUCAAGCCUAACGCUGGCUAUCAAAACUGCCUGACGAAAACAAAGAACGACCUUAUUGUAGCCACUGUUUUAUCAUCUAUGAUCGGGUCGAUAGCCAUGGGAAUGUUAGCCAAUCUGCCAUUAGGCCUGGCUCCAGGUAUGGGCGCAAAUGCUUAUUUAGCCUAUAAUUUAGUGGGGUUCCAUGGCUCUGGACCCAUCUCCUAUCAGACUGCCAUGGCAGUGGUGUUAGUUGAGGGCUGUGUGUUUCUUGUAAUAGCCGCUUUUGGACUGCGCGCAAAGCUUGCUAAGCUUAUACCACAGCCAGUCCGGCUUGCUUGUGCAGUAGGAAUCGGGUUGUUCAUUGCCUUUGUUGGGUUGCAAAUUCACCAGGGUCUGGGCCUCGUUGGGCCUGAUUCGUCCACAUUGGUCACAAUCACUGCUUGUGCUAGUACUAACCCAGUUACUGGUGCAUGCCAGGACGGAAAAAUGAGGAGCCCAACAUUUUGGCUAGGCCUAGCUGGGUUCUUAAUCACUUGUUAUGGGUUAAUGAAGGAGAUUAAGGGGAGCAUGAUCUAUGGUAUUGUCUUUGUAACAUUAAUUUCAUGGAUUAGAGGCACAGCUGUGACAUGUUUUCCUGACACUCCACUUGGUGAUGAAAAUUACAUGUACUUUCAGAAAGUGGUAGACUUUCACAAAAUCCAAUCCACAGCAGGAGCUAUCAGUUUUAGUAACUUCAACAGAAGUGAAGUGUGGGUGGCUUUAGUAACGUUGCUAUAUGUUGAUGUGCUUUCCACAACAGGAACGUUGUACACCAUGGCAGAAUUGGCUGGAUUUGUUAAUGAAAAAGGAAAUUUCGAAGGGGAGUACUUAGCAUACAUGGUUGAUGCUAGCUCCACAAUUAUGGGGUCAGCAUUAGGAGUUUCUCCAAUUGCAACAUACGUAGAAUCAUCAGCUGGGAUAAGAGAAGGAGGCCGAACAGGAUUAACGGCUGUGAUUGUUGGGUUGUAUUUCUUUUUAUCACUAUUUUUCACUCCUCUAUUGACCAAUGUACCUUCAUGGGCCAUUGGUCCGUCGCUGGUGAUGGUUGGGGUGAUGAUGAUGAAAGUGGUGAAGGAUAUAAAUUGGGAGAACAUGAAAGAGGCAGUGCCGGCUUUUAUUACAAUUCUUCUAAUGCCACUGACUUAUUCUAUUGCAAAUGGGAUUAUUGGUGGGAUUGGGCUCUAUAUUGCUCUGAGUUUGUAUGACUAUGCUGUGAGUUUGGUUAAGUGGUUUUUGAAGUUGAGAAGACUGAUGGUCAAGGAACAUAAUCAAGUAUCUGCAACUACAGGGGUAGAUCCAUGUGUUGAAAUCAUCUGAAAGUGAUUUAGAUAAACUACAUUUUUGUGAAAUAGUUUAUGUUCAAGAUGGCGGCAAUGAAUCAUGGAUGCACAAGCUGAGAGGCUCAUAGAACCAGCAAGCAAUACUAAUAGCUUUUGCAUAGCUUAGUCGCGGAUAAAAAAUUUAUUGUAUUUGUAUUUUGAAGCCAGUUUGCAUCUUAUUAUAAUA